AUGGCUUCCACCGUCAACUCUGUGCCGACCAACAAUGCGUCAGGCAACCCGUCCUCGCAGAAUUCCGGUCGGUCGUCGCUGAGGCCCAAGGCCUCCGAUAGCCGUCGACAGUCCGGGAGCCCGCUGGAAACUGGCCAACGGCGUAGCAACUCGCAAAAGGCCUGGACUCAGGGCACCAACCCAAUCACUCAACGAGCCUCGUACUCUCAACAGAACGGAAAUAUGUCACAGAGAGGGAAAAUGUCGUCCAAGGAGUCCAAUACGGCUGACGCUCACGCCCAUGAUCGUCUGGUCUUCUUGGUCACCAGCUGCAUUGGACUUCAUGCCACCAUCACCAUGAAAAAUGGCGAGAGAUUCUCCGGGAUUUUCUCUUCCUCCUCCCUUGAACCCAGCGAGACCUCCUUCGUCUUCAAGAUGGUCCAGCGCUUGCCAAAGCAGGAACAAGGCAAGACGAACGGGGCCAGUGAGCCCGCGACCCCCUUCCUAGGGUCGGCGCCCGAUCACAGCGUAUCACUCGAUGCCAGGGAUAUUGUCGAGAUAUCUGUACCGAAUGUUUCUACUUCCGACGUCACGGCAAAGGCCCCAAGUGGCGCGUCUGCUGGCUUCAGAACCGAUGCCGACAUUUCCGGAAACCUGGCGAUGCGCGAACGGACCUUACAAAAGUGGGAACCCGCGGCCGACACGGACGUCGAUCUAUCGUUGGAGAGCGCCUCGCAUUCGGCCGGCUGGGACCAAUUCGAAACGAACGCUCGACUGUUCGGAGCCACCAGUAGCUACGACGAAAACAUAUACACCACCCGCAUUGACCGCUCGGACCCCGCGUAUAAGGAGAAGGAAGCCGAAGCCGCUCGCAUCGCCCGUGAAAUUGAAGGAACCGAUGUCGAUAACGCGCACGUCAGAGAGGAAAGAGGGGUUAUCGCCGCGGAGGCUGGUGGUGACGAGGAAGACAAGUACAGCGGUGUGCGCCGUGACGAGAAGGAUUUCCCGCCCCUGCUGUCGGGACAGCCGAACAAGUAUACCCCACCUGCGCGCCGACAAGCUGGGACGCAGCCGUCCGCGAAUGCCAAUGCGCCCGUGGCCCCGGCGCAGCAACCGGUGAGCACCCCCAAGGAUGCCGCCCCAAGCAGCGGACCGUCCAGGGAUGCCGCCCAACUCCCCACACCGGUGGCGCCAUCCACGACCGGCCCGAGUGCGGCCCCCGAGGCGGAACAGAAAUCAGCGCCGGCAAAGGUCCUGCCCACGGCAGCGGGGGCUCCCAAACGUGCUGGCGCUGAAAAUGCAUCGGCCAACGUGGAGACGGAGGUGCUGGACCACUUCCGCCAAUUCGCCAACUCGGAGAAGAUGAAAUUGCAAGAACGCCGCCGAAACCAGGCCUCCCAAGACCGCUCGAUGAAAUUGAAAGAACUCCUGGUCUUUUCCAAGAGCUUCAAACUCAACGCGCCCAUCCCGAAAGAUCUGGUGCCGAUCCUGGCCAAGGAUCCGCACAAGCAGGAAGAGAUCCUCCAGCGUGCCCAGACCGGUGCGAAGAACCCCGCCUCAUCCAAGAGCUCCCCCGUCCCCACCGAUCGGAAACCUGCGAACCGCACCCCGGGGCCGGGGCGCCACGACAACGGGGCGACGGUGCCUCCCGUCGCUGCUGCUGCUCCCGCCGCCACCGCCCCCCAGGCCGACCGCCCUGGCUUUCCUCGCGGUCGCCAGAUGCUCCCGCCGACGGGCCCCCAUGCGGGCGGCCGACCGCCGCACCAGAACAUGCACCUCGGCCGCCCGGCGACGGGGAUGCUGAGCCACCGGUUGGCCGACAAUCUGCAACAGCGGAAAGGGACGGCCCCGGGUCCUGUUCCCGCACCCCUGCCCAUCAACGAGGCACGCCUGCCGCCCACGGGCCCGGCGGGGGACCUCGCCGGUGCGGCCAGCCCGAGCAAGACGCACACCCCCACCUCCGCCGCGUCGACCAAGUUCAACGUGCGCGCACUCGAAUUCAAGCCGAACCCCACGGCGAGUACCUUCACUCCGGCGGCCUCGUCCAAUUCCUCGCCGUUUACCCGGGGCCGCUCCGUGUCGCGUGCCACCAGCCCGGCCGCCUUCUUCGGUGCCAAGAAGCCGCGCCCCAUCGCCGAGCGGCCGUCGCUGAAAGACCAGUUCAACCCCAUCAAGCGCGCCAAAAAGGAAGUGGCCGAGAAUCCGGACACGAAAGAUCACUAUAAUUUCAACGGCGGCAUCCCCCCGGCCUAUAAGACCCUGCCCACGUGGAACGUCCCCGCGGGCAACGAGGAGAAGACCUACCAGCAGAUGUUCAAGGCGCCGGCCAUGCCCAUCCUCUCCCCGCACCGGUCUGCAUCCAACCCGCAGGCGCCCCAACCGGCCCCCAUGCCCUUCCCGUUUCCCCAGACGCCCGGGAUGCCCCCUGUCUCGGGACCCCCGCACGGGCCUCAUCUCCAUCCCCAGCAGCACCACGGGUCCGGUCCGCCGCAUUUCGAUGACCCCCAUCGGAUGCAGAUGUCGGCGUCCACGUCGCAGAUGUUCCCGUCGCCCCGGAUGCAACAAGGCUACCCGUCGCCGAUGAUGCCGCACGCGCAGAUUGCCUUCGGGCAGACGAUGCCCCAGAUGUACAUGAACCAGGGUGGCCCGCAAGCGGCGCACAUGAGACAAUAUCCGGGCGCGCCUCAAUUCCUGGGGCCCCAAGGCGCCAUGGGCGGGGCCCCCAUGAUGGUCCAGCAACCGUCCAGUGGACCCUACAUGGGCGCGCCCCAGGGCAUGGCUCCGUACACGCCGCAGAUGCAGAUGUAUUCCCCCAACCCGGCCCAGGUCUAUCCGCAACAUGGGCCCCCCAGCCGCACAGCAGCUAUCCCAGUCCCAGCCGGGGUGCCCCGAUGA